CACCGUCAACCACUCCGUUGUCGGUCACCCUUAAAACAAGUUUGGGCAAUCGGGGGCUGGGGCAUUCGGGUCGGGCAAUGACCGGAUACUGUAACACCCUCCCACAAUUUGAUCUUCCAAAACUUCCGUUGGAGGCCUAUUCCGUAGCUUAUAUCGGGGUUUCCUCUCUCAUUCCCUGCAAUUCCCCAUUCCCGUUUCUUCAUCUCAAGCUUCGUUUCUUCUUCCCCGAUGGCCGCCACUCACCUUCACGCCGUAGCUGCAACUCCAUCCGCCGCAGACUCUCUCUUCUCUCUCUCGUCUGCUAUUCAACCCUCUCGCGCUUCAAGAUUUCAAUUUCUUCGCUAUCUUCUCGGCUGCAUUUGGUCUCCUACCUCUGAAACUCAUCAAAUUCAUCGCCAAUUCCUACUACUGUAAUCCACUCACGGAAGGCCUGAAUUAUGUCCGUGCAGUUCAUUUGUUUUUUUUUUGAGUAUUUCGAAUGUUUCAUUCCAAUUUCAAUGGCCUGGAACUUAGAUAUGAAGGACAUGAUGAAAAACACUGCCGAUAGGUGCUUUGUUGGAUUCCAGUUGUGGUUCAAAUGAAGCCACAGAGAAAUCAUGUCAAGAGCAAACUCUUCCUAUUUUUCAGAAAAUUGAAGAUCUGGCUGCUAAAGUGCAUGAUUUGAGAAGAAAACAUGCGGCUCUGAGUGAUGAGGUGAAGAGUAUCACUCCAGAUUCUUUCCCUGGUUCUGAAGCUAUCUGCUCUCUUCGGGAUCUCGGAAAUAGUGAUGCCAAGGAGAAAAAGUUGCACAUUUGUAGGAGGUUUUUAGAAAUGAAGGGUGGCUAGGUUUUAUUUAAUACUCCCUCUGCCCUAAAACCAACUUCCCAUUGCAUUUUAUGAUGUUUGACCUAAGUUAUUUUUAAUUUAGUUUUUACGAAUACCGGUGUGGAAUUUAAAAAUAAAAUUUACAUAUUUUAAAACUAAAAGAUCUAUGAAACUAGAGGUGACAUGAUUAUAACUAUAGGUGACAUGAUUAUAUUUUUUUAAUAAAAAAUAGUAACGAAAAGAAGCUAACAUAGUGGAUAGAGUUUGACUAGUAAGUAGUGAACGGGAAGAUAAUUUUAGGAUGGAGGGAGUAGCAUUUUGCGAGUUGUGCUUCGGCCCAUUAAGUUGUUUUCAAUGCUGGUUUAUGCUGAACGCUUUGGUGAAAUUAAUUGUUAAUAACAACUAACAUAUUGACAAAUGGUGUACUAAAUCAAAACAGUUUUCAAUUUAAGAGGAUUAAAAAUUUAAAAUCUGUAUUAUCUUAAUAAAAGCAAAACGAUUUAACUUAAUUUGUAUGAUGAUUUUUUUUGACUUGUGUUAUCUAAAAGUGAUUAUUUAUUUUGGCAUGACACGUACAAGUACAUCUUAUUAUUUUAUCUGAUAUUGCUUUAAGUUUUUUUUGUGAACAAUAUUGUGUAUAUUUUUUUUUUAUUACUUUAAGUCUUCAAGAUAUAAUGUCAUUGCACAAAUAAGAUGAAUUUUAUGGAGAAUAUCUUUUACCAUAUUUUAAUAAUUUUAUUUAUUGAUUCUAGGCGUAAGCCCAUAAGGCAUAGUCUGCCCCCGGGUUUUCCUUUCAUUGCCUUGGCAAAAUUUUAUAAUGCUUCUUUAAAGAAAUAUUUAUGAAUUAAACUCAUUUCAAUUUUAAAUGAUAAAUUCUAUUCAAGCUCUGUUUAGACUUCGGAUGGGAAGGAUGAGGCUAAGAUUUAUAAGUAUAACUUUACAAAAUAGCUAUUUUAGAAUUUAAGGUGUAA